AUGGGGGCCCUGCAGGACACGAUGAAAGGUUCCGAGGGCGAGGACGACCUCUCUCCUCCGGCAAAGAGACGAAGGACCGACGAGGGCGACGCGUCACAAGAAGCGGACAAAGUUGCAGAAAAGCUACCGGACAUUGACGAGAACUUCUACUCUAGACAGCUCUACGUUAUCGGGCGCGACGCCAUGGUUCGCAUGGCCCAGUCGGACGUCCUCAUUUCCGGCAUGGGCGGCCUGGGCGUUGAGAUUGCCAAGAACGUCAUCCUGGCCGGCGUCAGGUCCGUCACCAUUCAUGACGAGCAAGUGUGCAGCGCUGUGGACCUCUCGGCACAGUACUUCCUCAGUGAAGAUACUCUAGGCGAAAACCGGGCAAGCGCCUGCGAGGCUUCCCUGGGACAACUCAACAAGUACGUGCAGGUGAAAGCCCAUACGGAACCGCUGACGAUGGAUUUCCUGAAAACAUUCACCGUGGUCGUGUUGACUGAGACCCCGCUGGAAACUCAACAGUCCAUGGCCGCCUUUACCCACGAGAACAACAUUCCGCUGAUCAUCGCCGAUACCAAGGGCGUGGCUGGGCAAAUCUUCUGCGACUUCGGCGAAAAAUUUCGCGUGCUUGACGGCGACGGAGAGCCGCCGCGGUCGGUUCUGAUCAGAUCCAUCAGCCAGGUGUGUCAAGGAGUGGUCACAACCUCGCACAAAGCGCCGCACGGUUUCAAAGACGGCGACUAUGUCACUUUUUCCGAAGUCCGAGGCAUGACCGAGAUGAACGACUGCCCGCCCACGGAGGUCAAGGUUUUAUCUCCACACCAGUUCUCCGUUAUGCCGAAGUACAACGGCAUUACGGGCGCAGGCGGCAUUGCUACCGAGUUUAAGAUGCCGAAGGAUGUCAAGUUUCAACCCUUGAAGGAAUCCCUCCUGAACCCAGAGUUCGUCACAUGUGACUCGCCGAAUGCAGACCGCGGCGCACAGCUGCAUCUAGGAUUCCAAGCUCUGCACGCCUUUCAGGAGGCGCACGAGCGACUGCCGCGUCCUUGGGACAUGUACGAGGCAGCGGAGGUGGUGCAGCUUGCCAAGGAGAAGAACGCCCUGCAGGCCGAGCCGCUCAAGGAAGUUGACGAGAAGAUCCUCACUCUGCUCUCUUGUGUCUCAUCUGGCUCCCUGUGUCCCAUGCAGUCUGUCAUCGGCAGCAUCGCAGCACAGGAGGUCAUCAAGGCGUGCAGCGGCAAGUUCACUCCUAUCCACCAGUGGUUCUACUUCGACGCCUUCGAGUGCCUCCCACAGAAGGCCAGUGUUCCUGAGGUGUACGCUACCGAAUUCGCGCUCACGCGGUACGGCGCGCAGGCCUGCGUGUUUGGGUCGGAUGUGCAACGCAUGCUGUUGUCACAGAACUACCUCGUGGUGGGAGCCGGAGCAAUCGGCUGCGAACUCCUCAAGAACUUCGCCAUGAUGGGCCUCGGGGCAUGCUGCGGUUGCGUCUACGUCACGGACUCGGAUAAGGUUGAGAAGUCGAACCUGAACAGGCAGUUCCUUUACCGGGCCGAGGACGUCGGUCACCCGAAGUCGGCCGCCGCCACAGAAGCUGCCGCGCGAAUGAAUCCAGAUCUCCGCUUCAUUCCCCAGGAGUACAGGGUCGGACCAGAAACGGAGAACGUCUACAAUGACAGAUUCUUCGAGCACCUGAACGGCGUGGCCAGCGCGCUGGACAAUGUCGAAGGGCGCCAGUACAUCGACCGUCGAUGCGUGCACUACCGCAAGCCGCUGCUCGAUUCGGGUACCGUGGGGACCAAGGGCAGCGUUCAGGUGGUCGUUCCGUGCAUGACAGAGUCCUACUCGUGCUCCCAGGACCCGCCCGAGCCGUCUGUGCCGCUCUGCACCAUCAAGUACUUUCCCAACAAAAUAGAGCACACUCUCGAGUGGGCACGUAACGAGUUCGAAGGCCUGUUCAAGAUGAGCGCGGUGAAUGCUGUGAAGUAUCUGGAAGAUUCCCGUUUUCUGUCCGUCGCUCAAAAGACUCUGCCACUCAAAGAAAAGGUUGCCCUGCUGCAAGAGCUCACGAAGAUUCUAGUGGACGAACGCCCUUGGGUUUUCGACGACUGUGUUGAAUUCGCCAGGCUGCGCUUUCAAAAGAAGUACAACAGCGACAUCAGGCAGAUGCUACGGGUUCACCCCGAGGGGGAGCUCACCCGCAAGGGCACGCCGUUCUGGUCGGGAAACAGGCGCUGCCCCCACCCGAUCGAGUUCGACCCCAACAACACGCUGCACAUGGACUACAUCGUAGCUGCGGCGAACCUGCGGGCUGCGAUGUUCGGCAUUGCGCAAAGCACGGACCGCGAAGCGAUCACCCGGAUGCUCGAAGAUGUCGAAGUUCCCGUUGAUGAUCCGCAGGGAAACGAAGUCGCCGUCAUCUAUGACAGCUCCAUGCCACGUGACGGUGCAUCGAUUGACGUUGAGCUCGUGGGCGAGCUCCUGGAGGAGCUCCCAGCGCCGAGGGACCUCGAGGACUUGACCCUAACGGCGCUCGAGUUCGACACGGACGACGAGUCCAACUUCCACGUGGACUUCAUCGUGGCGGCCUCGAACCUGCGCGCCGCGAACUACAACAUCCAGCCGGCGGAUCGGCUCAAGAGCAAGCUCGUCGCGGGCAGGAUAAUCCCGGCCAUCGCCACGACCACGUCGCUCGUGGCGGGCCUCGCCUGUCUUGAAAUAUACAAGCUGGUGCAGGAACACGACAGCCCGGAGCUUUACAGGAACAGCUUUGUCAACUUGGCGCUGCCUUACUUUGGCUUCCCGGAACCCAAUCCGCCUGUAUUUAAAAAGUUCCGCAACCAAGAGUACUCUUUUUGGAACUGCCUCGAAAUCAAGGGAGAGCUGACUCUUUCGGAGCUUCUGGAGUACUUCAGGCUCAAGCACGAAGUCGAAGUCAUUAGCGUCUUGGAAGGAGCCCAAACUCUGUACGACGCCAACGAGCCCCCUUCCAGCGCUCUCAUGAAGCUCGCCGUAAGCGAAGUCCUGGAGCGAGUGUCCCAGGCCAAAAUCGACAGUGGAACGCUAGCCCUGACUCUCCAGGUCACGGGCAAGGACACCAACAGCGGAGAGGAAGUGGAAGUGCCCGAAGUGCGAUACCUGCUGCGCCGAUGA